AUGGAUGGUCGGGCGUCAGGAACAGCUGUCACGUCUCUUAGGCCCUGCAGGGAAAGGAUGGCGCCUCAGCCAGUGAGCUGUCUAGGCUACCCAAUAGAUCUGGGCUGCCCAGCCAGGGGUAGCGCAGUUGCCGCAGCGGUUUCCAAGGCAGUUGCAGCUGCCCCCGCCCUCCAGUUCAGCUUGCGAACAGCAGCGGCUGCUUUUAGCGUCUGCCCAUUGAGACAAAAGAGCAUGACGAGAGGGGUGGCGUGGCCAAUCAGCGGUGUACGGGGGCGGCCUCCCCCGCAAAGCCUGGGCCAGGAUGCUAAUGCCUGCCAGAGGGGGGGGGGACCUGCUGGAGGGGGCUGCGGCAGACUGGCGAGGGAGCGGGCGCGGCGUCAAGUGCAGCUCGGACUCACCGACCUGGCCCAUUUACAUUUCACUCGUGAGUUUGCAGCUUCCCCUCUCUUCCCUUCUUCCUAUCGCCUUCCGCCUUGGCUCUCCUCAGCUGCUUUGCGACCGGAUGCCUUAAACACGAGUUUCUUCCAUCAGCAUCCAGUUGUCCUCAGCAUGGAGGAACAGAGCAACUCUUCUGGGAAGGAGCUUCAACACAGGACACGAGCAGAAGUUCCAGGAAUGAAAAGUUGGCACUCCCAGGCCUAUACCCUUGGGGCCAUUUCCAACUUUAUGUCUACUUUUCUGACCUUUCCUAUCUAUAAGGUUGUGUUCCGGCAGCAGAUACAUGCUAUGGCAGUGUCAGAGGCUGUGCGACAGCUUUGGCAUGAAGGCCCUCAGUACUUUUACCGGGGCAUCUACCCCCCUCUUCUCUCCAAGACGCUGCAAGGGACUCUGCUGUUUGGCACUUAUGAUAGUCUGCUGUGCUUUCUCUCCCCGGUUGGGCCACACUCCCUGGGACAGCGUUGGACUGCAGGGCUCAUGUCUGGUGUGGUAGAAGCUGUGGCACUCAGUCCCUUUGAAAGAGUACAAAAUGUGCUUCAGGAUGCUCGCAAGCAAGCUUGCUUCCCUAGUACCUUCAGCAUUCUCAAGGAAUUCAAUUCUUAUGGGCUUUGGGGGCGGCUGUCCCUAGGCUAUUAUCGUGGUUUCUGGCCAAUCCUUGUCAGAAACAGCCUGGGAAGUGCUCUCUAUUUCUCCUUCAAGGAUCCUAUCCAGGAUGGCUUGGCAAGGCAAGGCCUGCCCCAUUGGGUUCCUGCUUUGGUUUCUGGUAGUGUCAAUGGAACAAUCACCUGUCUGGUCCUGUAUCCGCUGAUUGUGCUGGUUGCCAAUAUGCAGUCUCAUAUUGGAUGGCAGAGAAUGCCAAGCCUAUGGGCCUCAGCACAAGAUGUGUGGGACACUCGAGGUCGAAAAAUACUCCUGAUUUAUAGGGGAGGAUCUCUGAUUGUUCUCAGGUCCAGUGUGACAUGGGGCCUCACUACUGCUAUCCAUGACUUCUUGCAGAGAAAGGCUCACAGCAAGAGAGAGAUGAAAGACUGAUUUAAUGAAGUAUGACCAUGGCAUCUUUGUUCUUAGUCUUCACUCAUUGGUUGUGUAUAGUAUAUUUCUUUGCCUUGGUUACCUAAUACAACCAUUAUUUAGUACCUGUAAGCUGUCACUGCAUGGGAGAAGCUCCUAACUUUUCACCUGUUAGCCUAUCAGGAUUCCUUAGUCAAAGAAAGAAUUGCCUCCCUGGUCUAUACACAGCUUCAGCAGCCUCAGAACCUGGAGCCUUUAACAAGCUGUAGCCCAGAUUAAAUGUAAUUCCUUUAAGGAACUUUUUUAAUAAGAGGAAACUUUAAAAGAAGACCCUACUUUGGUACUGUGAGUCUGAGAUCCUUCUCUGUGGCCUCCUGACUAAGCUGAGUGGAACUCCAAUUUCAACAAACUGUAUUAGACUUCAAGGAAAACGUUGGAGAUCCCUACAUUUUCCUGACAUUGCUCACUGCCUCCACCACAGCCACUCUCACUUCAAGCUAUGGGUCCCACUUUCAGAUACCUGCUCUGAUUACAAAUCCUCCAUUAGGCCCACUUCAACUCAUCGGGUGCCAUAAGAACUGAUGAUGAUGAUGGAGAUGGGAAUGAGAAGAAAUUUGGUGCCUGGAUAGAAAGAAUAAAGGCUUUGAAGCAAGAGUUUUAAUUAAUUUAAUUACAUGGCAAAUAGAGAAAAAUAUUAAUGGUGUUAUCUGUUAGGAUAAAUAUCCUAAUAUAUAUUUGCAGUGCUUUUCUCUCCCCAAACAUUCCAUGAUCUUACCCAAAGUCAUACUCUGCCACAUACUGUCUCUCCACUUGCACUAAAGGCCUCCAAUUUCCAAAAGUCAGGCUCCAAUGCUACUGUUCUAUGGAGCCCCUUUCUCUAUAUUCCCCUACCUGAAUGUGACAUUAGUUUUGUGAAGACCCCCCUUCCAACAUGCACUGAUUCCAUUAAGUCACUGAAUCCAUGUGGCCCUAUGUUCUUGCUGUUCUUCAAUACCUCCUACUAGACUGUAAACUUCUUGAAAGCAGGGAUUCUUGUAUGCAUUUUAAAAUCCUCCAUUGUGCCUGGGUGCUCAAUAAAGUUGGUGAAUUACUGAAUUAUCAAGCUGUGAUAUGGUCUAUAUUCUCAGGGUGCUAUCCCUAUUACAUGAAGAUAAUGUUACUGACUCAUUGUCAACAAGACACAAGCCUUUGGGAUGUGUUUGUUUUCUUUUAAGAGUGGAUUUAGUUUUGUGCUAAUGAUGCCAAUGAUAACAAUAACAACAAUAAUAAAAUUACCUUCAACCAGAA